UUCUUUUGUCAUCUCUUUUGUCACUCUCUCUUUCUCUCUCUCUCUCCCGCUCCAUGUAGGAAUCUCUUAUCCCUUCCUUUCUCACACAAUUUCUCUAACAAUCCAACAAUCUGUGUGUCUGGUUUUUGUGCUUCUGCAAAACAGAUCGAUCAAAAAAUGAUCUCACAAUUAGCAAAUACAGGUUUAACGCUUUCGAACAAGAUCAUAUUUAGGUUUUGAGCUCUUGAUUCUAUGACUCUUGAGAGAAAAUCAUAGGAAAAAUAUCGGAAAUUUCGAGGUCUGUUUGUGUGUAGAGCAACGAUCGGUAGGUGAAACCUCUUGAUCCUUUUGAAGACUGUGAAGUUGCAGUCUUGCACAGCACUUUGAGCCUUUUCAGGUCUUAAGGAGGUGAGAUGGGUUCUCUGCAAGGACCGGUUAUUUGCCCUGCUGUCCGAGCAAAACAAACUGGGGUUCACCCUGUGCCUGUUAAUGGUCCCUUAAUGAAGGCAAAAGUACUUAGAAGUGGAUUCUGGGGAAUCAGAGGAGUCAAUGGUACUAGGAUUAAUGUGUGUCAACAACUAUGUAUGCAAAUGUACAAGAAGGUGCAAUGUAGUUUCAGUUCAUCAUCCAAUGGUAAUGGAAGCAUGGCUGAGAAUUUCAACGAAAAUGACGAAGAUUAUGUCAACUCUAGUAUAGUUGAAGCAGUUGAGGUGAAGAGUGGCCCAGAUGGUUUCAUGAUUAAGAUGAGAGAUGGUAGGAAUUUAAGAUGUGUUCAUAACAACCCGCAGAGUGGGCAUCUGCCUGAUUAUGCUCCACAUCCUGCUAUCGUACUGAAGAUGGAAGAUGGGACGGGUCUUCUCCUCCCUAUAAUUGUCUUGGAGAUGCCAAGUGUGCUGCUUAUGGCUGCCAUACGCAAUGUCCAAAUUGCUAGGCCUACCAUGUAUCAAAUUGUGAAGGAGAUGAUUGACAAAAUGGGCUAUGAAGUGAAGCUUGUUCGAGUCACCAAGAGAGUACAUGAGGCAUAUUUUGCUCAGCUAUACCUCACAAAGUUGGGUAAUGAAAUGGAGAGUGUCAGCUUUGAUCUUCGACCUUCAGAUGCCAUUAACAUUGCAGUAAGAUGCAAGGUUCCUAUACAAGUUAACAAAUAUUUAGCAUAUAGUGAUGGGAUGAGGGUCAUUGAAUCUGCGAAGGUGUCAAUUCAGACCUCUUCUUCAGAUGGCCUACUAUUUACUGAACUGGACCGGCCAAGUGGCCAGCCAUGCAUUGAAACGAAGGAAUUCAAUCUUGUGCGCAACAUGCUGAUUGCUGCUGUUGAAGAACGGUAUGGAGAUGCAGCUCAAUGGAGGGACAAACUCACUCAACUUAGGUCCAAGAGGAAUUGGAUAUAGCAGGUGUACCAAUAAGGAUGAAAAUUGUACAUAUAAACCAUUGGUCAAGUUGAUGAGGUGGGCUUCAAUUCCAGCAAUAUCAAUGGGGUCUCUGUGCCCCGUCAUGUAUGUAGAGGCUUGUGCAUAUCUGUAUAGACAGACAAUUUGACCGUUAGUCCAAUGUUGAAUUAUGUGAAACUUUCUCGUUUUUCUGACUAUAUGUAUUUCCCGUGUUUCCGUAGAUAUACUUUCUGUUCCAUGCCUCAGAUUUCUUGAUGUCUGCUCCUUCGUUGAGUUGAAUGUAUGCCUUAAGGCGACUUUACUGGUUCAUGUUUUUA